GGGGAGGCCUGGCGGCCGGGAGGCGACAGCGGUGCGGCGGCGCCGAGCGGAGCGGAGCCGGAGCCAGAGCCCUUCUGCCCACUUGGAAGUGUAACUGGUAUGGGUAAUGGUGUGAGAGAAGGUCAAGUGGAUUUCAAAGGGCAAGAUGUGGAGCCAACUGCAUCAGCUCAUCUUCCAGCAGAGGGUAUCCAGGAGCAGAAGAAAGUGCUUAACUCCCUGAUGUCUGGUGCACUGGCUGGUGCUGUUGCUAAAACUGCAGUAGCUCCACUGGACAGGACAAAAAUCAUGUUUCAAGUGUCUUCAAAAAGAUUUUCUGCCAAGGAAGCCUACAGGCUGAUUUAUCGCACCUACCUCAACGAGGGCUUCUGGAGUCUCUGGAGGGGGAACUCGGCCACCAUGGUGCGCGUGAUCCCUUACGCUGCCAUUCAGUUCUGCGCCCACGAGGAGUACAAGCAGCUCCUGGGCAGCUACUACGGCUUCCAGGGAAAAGCGCUGACACCCUUUCCUCGAUUCAUUGCUGGCUCUCUGGCAGGCACAACGGCUGCCAUGUUAACCUACCCCUUGGAUAUGGUCCGUGCUCGAAUGGCUGUCACGCCGAAGGAGAUGUACAGCAAUAUUGUUCAUGUCUUCAUCCGAAUAUCCCGAGAGGAAGGAUUGAAAACGCUGUACAGGGGAUUUACACCAACCAUCCUUGGAGUGAUUCCGUAUGCUGGGCUUAGCUUCUUCACCUAUGAGACACUGAAGAAACUACAUGCAGAUCACAGUGGGAAAUCGCAGCCAUCCCCUCCGGAGCGGCUUUUGUUCGGUGCCUGCGCGGGUUUGAUCGGCCAGUCGGCGUCUUACCCCCUGGACGUGGUUCGCCGGCGAAUGCAGACGGCGGGGGUUAUGGGACACACGUACAGUUCCAUCCUUCUCACCAUGCAGGAGAUUAUAAGAGAAGAGGGACUAAUCCGUGGUUUGUACAAAGGACUCAGCAUGAAUUGGGUCAAAGGUCCGAUUGCAGUGGGAAUAAGCUUCACAACCUUUGACCUGACGCAGAUCCUUCUCCGUAAAUUACAGCACAGCACUAAUGUUGAAAGGUAGUAGCUUAAUCCCCGCAGCCCCCGCUGGAGAAAAGCACGACACGUGUAGAAAGAGCAAUGCUAGCGUUCCCUCGCUCCGUACGUGCUCUCCUGCAGCUGAGAACUUACCUUUCCUGUUUGUUUCUUUGUUCCUUUUGUGCUCUUGUUUGGUUAUUUCCUUCUUUUUUUAAUGAGCCUCCGCGUCGUUUUGAAACGUCAACCUGAAACUAACCCUUUCCUAAAUGAAAUUCUCUCCGCCGCUCCGCAGAACGGCGUCCUCUAGAGCGGCUGCCUCAUCCUUCUGCAUUGCCCUUUGAUGCUGGGAGUGGAGCCUCUCAUACAAACAAGCGUGUGCUGCUGCGCUCCACGUCUGCUCCCUGGGCAGGUGGAGAGGGGUGAGGAGACAGAGAGGACUCAGUGCUGCUGGAAUGAACUCCCGAGCGUGGGGAGUGAGCGCAGCUCCUGGAAGGCGCUUCCUGCCGAGCACGUGCAGGCUGGAGGCAGUCUGCCAAGUGCAAUAUUCCAGUUAAUCUGUCGGGAAUGCCAGAUUCCUCUGACCUGUGUAAGCACUGGGCUCCGUGAAACAGGACGCAGCAGGAUUUAACAGGUCCGGGUCACUUUUUUUUUUUUUCUUCUGGAAGCUGAAUGUGAGCUCUGGAUUUCUGGCUGGAAGUGCUGCCUGUUUUCAGACGUUCUUUUCGUUUCUGGGUUGAGUUGCAUAAAUUCUCCCUUGCGUGCAGUGUUCCCCUGAGAUUACCAAAGACUGCAGACAGCAGGGGAGGAAAGUUCUGAGCAGUUUUGUAGAUCAAAUUCUUACGCUUGUCGGUGUCAUUGACUGGGGCUGCGCCUGGGAUCACAGACUGGAUUGGAUCAAACUGCAGUAGCGCUUUCGGGCCGUCGGAACCCUUCCGUUGUCGUCAUGGUCUUCAAGGCAGCAGUUCUCCCAGGGAUUUGGCAGGCUGUAGUGCCCUGGGCGAGAAAAGGGAACUGUUACAUACUUCAAUUUUCAGCAGUUCUGUCCUUCAGUAUUAUCGUCGCUGCUUUAUGCACGUGGCAGGAACAAACAUCUCAAAGAUGCACACGUGAUGCAGGUUGAGCUGCCCCCCAAAGGCUGCUUGUGUCUGGUGAACGCAGCCUGGUGGCCCUGCUUCCCAACAACCUCGUUGUCCUUUGGUGCCUGCUGUGUUCGUUAGUCCGCACCCAAACCCACUUGCUUUCAAUCCUAGAGUUCCUCUGGACCGUGUCCUCAGGAGAAUGGGCUCCACGGUCAGUUCUGACCCCUCAAAGCUUAUGGACAGUGCCAAUCAUUCCCAGUUGCAAUUAGAAAAUGAACGGUAAAGUACCUCUCAUUGUUUCUAUUUCAAGUCAGGCUUCAGAGAAAUGGAGAUCUGAGGGUGGCUUUGUUUUAUGUUCUGUUCCUGUAUUAAAUUCGGAGUGCAGGAGAGGUCACGACAAGCUUUAGACUUCUGUGGGAAUCCGAUUCCACAAACCAAGAUUAAAAAUCCCUUUCCAGCUGAUACAGCCCAUGUAGAGGGGAGAUAACGUACAAAAGAAAAAUAAGGCAUAAUUUAAAAGCUGUCCUUCUCUGGUGUAUAUAUUUUAGUCACUGUAGUUUGAGCCUCGUGUCACGGCUUUAUUAAUGGGAAUGGAGGUAAUUGCACAACUGGUAGAAAUAGCUUUUUCCUUUCUUUUGUCUUUGCACUUGUUCUUCGGAGCAUAACUUGCUUCUAAUGCCAAAUAUUUCCCUAGGAAUCGAGCACUUGUGCUUCCAUUUGGUGGACGUGGCGGGGAGCCAGCAUCCUGAAGUAUUAGCGUGCGUGUUGAUUCCUGAGCACAGGGAUCGAUCCUACUCUAAUGGUUGUGGAUGGGCAGGGUAUGAACCGCAGUGAUUUCUGCCUCUAAGCCCACAAAUGAUGAUUUCCGUUGUGAAACUUGACUGCAGUCACCGUCUUACCUUGUAAUUAAAUGUUAGGUGUCGUCAUAAGAGUCGUUAGAGAUGAUAGCCACGAUUCUGUAUGUUUUUACUCCAUUGCUAAUGGAAGAUGAUCAGCUCUUUUCUUCAUUGGGUGAAAUGUUCAGUCCUUUGCAAGAGCUCUGAUUUCUUUUCUCCAAUGGAGAAGCCAAUUACUUCUGCUCUUGCCUUGAUCUCUCUUGGCCUGGUGAGGAAUUCCUGAGGCAGCUGCAUCUCAGUGCAGGAACGAGGUGCAGGCCAGCACCGAGGAGUGUCCGUGCUGGCUGUGUGUAGGUGUGUGCGUGCGUGUACAACCCACACCGAGUUGUCGCUCAGCUUGGAGGCUGCUGGUUCGAAGCACAGUCCUUUCUGCACUGAUGAGUACCGUAGUGACAGCAGAGGAAGCUGGGCUGCACCAACCAAGCUCAGGCAGGCUGCUUUGCUCUACAGUACGGUGGGUGGUUGGGGCAAGCACAGCAGGUCUUGUAUUACAAGAUGCUGAGCGUCACCGAACCCCUGUGGCAACAGAGGUGGCUUCAUUGUUCCUGGGUCCUGACUGAGCAAGGGUUUACACUGAUGGCUGACGACUUGUUUGGGACUGCAUGGGAGGAGGGGGACUCGCAGGGCUCCUCUUGCCAUGCUGGGCCAUGCAGCUGGUGAGUUGGUGAGCAGGGAUCCCGGGGAGGGGAUGGCUUGUGGCACCUCGCAGCCUGCCAGGAGCCUGAGGGCUGAGCUGAGCAUGGAAGCCUGAAGCACAGCCCGGCUCGGAAGAACUGAGCCGAGAGAAGUUGUUCCUUCAUUAGCAGCUCCACCUGAUUUGAAUUCAGUGAACUGUUAGCCAAACACGUUUCCCGGUUUUGCAGGCUGAGCGCUUGUUCGGAGAGAGAUCUGAAUUCAGCCUGUAAUUGUUUUGGUGCUUUUAUUUCUUGGGCAGGAGAAUAACUGUGUCACCGCUUUGGGCUGUUUUGAAUACUUCUUUUUCUUUGGUUUGAAUGUAAAAGAGGAGAAACGGAGUGUUCUCUUCCCUUCUCUUAAUCUUUGCAUGAAUUACGUUCCAGAUCUCUGUGCUGCCUGGAAUGAGCGCCCCAGGAGCUCUGGGCACGGUGAUUUGGAAGGGGAGGUGCCUGUGUGCUGGCCGAGAGCCAUUCCUUGAGCUCUGAGAACGAAGAGAAGUCUAACAGGAAUGUCCUCUAGUUCAUCUUCUCUUUAAAACUAAUUUGCUACCCCAAAUUCCACAAGUUUUCAUUUUGAAAUUCCUUGCUUUAAUUUUCGAGUCACGCGUCUUACCUUUCUCGAACGCAUUACUGCCAAACGUUCAUCUGUGCUUUUAUUUUAUUUUUUUUUUUCCUUUUCUUCCUGCUUCUGCACCUUUAGUUCUGCACUCGCACUUCGAGAAAAUCAGGUCCAAUGAAAUGCAUCUGAAAUGACAAAACUGGAGCGUUGAUAGGGAUCCCCGAAGCAGUCCUGCUCACAGGCAAGGAGGCUUCUGCUUGGGGCAAGGAGGUAAAGGCACGAGGUGACGGGGCAGAAGGUUUUGGGAAGGUUCUUGGAUUCCUUGCCCAGCCUCACGCCUUCCCUUGGCUCACCACGAAGCUGCUCAUCACCUCCUCUCUGGGUACCUCUGUGCAGUGCUGUGCUCAGUGCGAGCGGUGCAGGGACAGCAGGGGCAUCACUGAAACCCACGGGAUGAGCAUUGUCCAACCCCUUUCUCCUGGGCCGGUGCAGAGGAGGAGGUGUGGGGCCGUCCUGCAUGACAGCCUUUGUUACUGCAGGGCUGAUGCUUCCUGCUCCCCUCCACGCCACGUGAUGGAUGCAGGGUGUCCCGGCGCUGCUCGCUGCCUGUGUGGUCUAUGCAUAUAUUAGCACAAACACUGCUAAAUGCCUUUUGUCCAGACGUGUCCUCACCAUCCGUGUGCGUGUGUGCGCGUGCGUCAAUUUUUGACUGCUUUUCUUGGAUCUGGAGUUCUAUUUUAUUGCAGUGAAGACACUUUGUUAUAUAUAUAACGUUUAUAUAUUUUAAGAUUUGUGCCAAGAGAGGAUGUAUAUUUAAUAAAAAAUCUAAUUGACUUUG